AUGCGAAAGGAAAGCGCAGACGAAGAAGAUUCGAAAGGUGACACAAGCAAGCCCCUUUCCACCAUGAUAGAAGAAAAUUCUCCUUAUGAAGCAUCUCUCAUUGAAGUCAGUGAUCCGCAAUCGUUGGAAAUGUGGACAAAUUAUGAAACAAAGAAGAAAUUAUUCAAAGGUGACAGGCACGCCGAAUCGAAGAUACAUUUAUGGAAAACAUUAACUGAUGAAAUGAAAGUAGAUGAGAAAUCGUUUUACGACUUUCUGUCAUCAUUCCAUGGUACUCUUGAGAAAGAAUUUGUACUGAAUGCUUAUUAUGAUCAACUCAGCAGUUUGUCUCUGCCUAAAGAAAUAAUGGAUCCAAAAAGAUCAGAAGUUGCCUCAGCAGAACUCCAUUCAUUAACUUCUGCUUCAUAUCCAAUGAUGGACGAGAGACCGAAUAGAUUGGUUGGAAAGUUGAGUGUAGAGAAAGAGCUUAUGUGGAGAUCGCUAGUGGGUGAGUUAAACUUGGACAGCACCGUGCUUUAUAAUAUUUUGCGUUCGUGGGACGAAAGUCCUUUGGAGGCUGAACGGGUUGUGAAUAUCUAUUUCCAACAUAUGAAUGAUUAG